UUUUUUCUUAAUAAUCAUUGGGGUUCCUGUCGAGCACCGGUGUCAAAUAUAACGUUGAUAAUUACUGUUACGUUCUUCUGUACAGUGUUUGAUGGACUUUUAUGUUGAGAAACGACCGCUUUAUUAGGUGUUUUUUUUUUAUUUUACUCUUGACUGUAGGUUUUCUUCAGGAUGUCAUACCCUCCUCCACUCAACCGCCCACAGAUUGGUAUCCCACAGUUACCCCCCAGAAUACCCCCUCCACAGUAUGCAGGCUUUGCUCCAGUUGUUCCGCCAGGUACUCCCAUGAUCCCAGUUCACAUGGGUGUAGUGACCCCUGCACCCACGGUUCUGGUCCCAACAACAGUUGCUGUAGCACAGAAACCAAUUACUACAAACAAAGAACCUGGCACCAUCAGAGUCAAGGAUUUGGAGGAUGGUGGGGGCCCCACUACCACAGUAUUUGUGGGGAACAUCUCUGAAAAGGCAUCUGAUAUGCUGGUCAGACAGCUUCUAGCGAAAUGUGGUAUUGUUCUAAGCUGGAAAAGGGUCCAAGGAGCGUCUGGGAAACUUCAAGCUUUUGGGUUUUGUGAAUAUAAAGAGCCUGAAUCCACACUCCGAGCCCUCAGACUUCUACACGAGUUGCUCUUAGGUGAUAAGAAGUUGCUUGUCAAGGUUGAUGCCAAAACCAAGGCUCAGCUGGACGAGUGGAAGGCUAAGAAGAGGAGCACCAAUGGGGGAACCACCGAUGGUUCAAAAAACGAGGAUGAAGAGGAGAAGGAGGUUCUUGAUGAAGAAACCUUGCAUCGGGACCAGGUUGUGAAGGGGGCCAUAGAUGUCCUCAUCCGAGAGUAUUCAAGUGAGCUUAACGCUCCCUCGCAGGAUCCCGACAGUCAGCCUCGUAAUAAGAAACGUAAAGAGAAGAAAGAGGAGGAGGAUAUCAAUGCUAUGGAGAUGGAGGAUGACAAGAGAGACCUGAUUUCCAGAGAGAUCAGCAAAUUUCGGGACACACACAAGAAACUAGAGGAGGAAAAAGGAAAGAAAGAAAAGGAACGACUGGAGCUGGAGAGAGAACGGAGGGAGCGAGACAAAGAGCGAGAGCGCGAGAGGGAGCGCCGCGACCGAGAGAAAGAGAAGGAAAGGGAACGAGAAAGGGAGAAGGAGCGGGAAAGAGACCGAGAUCGUGAACGUGAAAGAGAGAGGGAGCGCGAACACGAGAGGACGAAGGAGCGGGAGAGGGAGCGAGAGCGAGAGAGGAGUCGAGACGCCAGCGAAGCUCGCAGCAGGUCGAGAGAACGGACGAGAGAAGAUAAAAAACGAGACCGUGACGAAGAUGAGGAAGACAUUUAUGAACGGCGGAGACUUGAGAGGAGGCUUAGAGACAAGGAAGCUGCUUACCAGGAACGUCUGAAAAACUGGGAAGUCCGAGAGAGGAAGAAAUCUCGUGACUACAACAAAGAAACGGAGAGGGAGGACGAGAGGCGGCGUGAAAUGAUGAAAGAAGCCAAAAGAUUGAAGGAGUUCCUUGAGGAUUAUGACGACGACAGGGAUGAUCCAAAAUACUACAGGGGCAGCGCUUUGCAGAAGCGACUUCGCGACCGAGAAAAGGAGAUAGAGAUGGACGAACGAGACCGGAAGAGAGAGAAAGAGGAGCUGGAAGAGAUCAGACAAAGACUCCUAGCAGAGGGUCACCCCGACCCUGAUGCUGAGCUGCAGAGGAUGGAGGAGGAAGCAGAGCGCAGACGACAACCCCCUCUCAAACUUGAGCCUGAGGAGAAUGUAAACCAGGAGAAAACUCACAGGGAGCGGGGUGAUCGGGAGCGUGGUGAUCGGGAGCGUGACCGGGAGCGUGAUCGGGAACGGGGUGAUCGGGAGCGUGAUCGGGAGCGGGGUGAUCGGGAGCGUGAUCGAGAACGGGAGAAGAGAGGGUCAGAGAGACCCAUAGAGCCAACACCCCAUGUCCCAAAACAACUUUCAGAUGAUGAUGUGGAGGAAGGGGAGGAGGAUGACUACCCCGAUGGUGAGAACUCACAGGAAGCCAAGCCUCAGCUUAAACCAAUCAUGCGACCAAUCACCGCAGCCCCCUCAGUGUCCUCUGGCAGUGGGAACGUGACUCCAAACACACCUAGCAACCAAUCUCCUUGCGGCAUAAUCAUUCCUGGUGAGAACACACCUGAGCUCCAGCCUUUAGAAGAACACCGGCCCAAGAUCGGUCUCAGUCUAAAACUGGGUGCCACCAACAGUCCCAGUCAGCUCAAUGCAGGUAAGCGAAAGAAGCUAACAACUCUGGAUAGUGUUUUCAACAAGUUUGAUGAUGAUGAAACGGAUGAGCAGCCUCGCAAAAGGAAACUGGUUCCUCUGGACUAUGGUGACGAUGACAAGAGUCUGGGGCUCGACGGGGCAGAAAUGUCAGCGGCUAAAGGCAACGUCAACACUGAGGAGAAACGCAAGCACAUAAAGAGCCUUAUAGAGAAGAUCCCUACUGCCAGGCCUGAGCUUUUUUCCUACCCACUGGACUGGACGAUGGUUGACUCGACUUUGAUGGAUCGUCGCAUUAGGCCAUGGAUUAAUAAGAAGAUUAUUGAAUACAUUGGCGAGGAGGAGCCCACUCUGGUUGACUUUGUCUGUUCAAAGGUAAUGGCGCACAGCACUCCUCAGGGUAUUCUUGAUGAUGUUGCUAUGGUUCUUGAUGAAGAAGCAGAAGUCUUCAUAGUAAAAAUGUGGAGGCUAUUGAUAUAUGAAACAGAGGCCAAGAAGAUUGGACUGGUGAAGUAAAGACUCCGUCUCUGUGACAGAUUUUUAAAUUUUCAGUUCUGCUUGCUACAGUUUUUCUGGUGGAGCAGACGGUAAUGUGCCCAUACACCCCUCCAUUCCGUCAGCAAGGAGCUGCUGGCUUGUACAUGUGUGUUUGUAUGAGAAGUUUGAGUUGUGCACAAACAUGCUGCAUGGUAAAAACAUGGUUGUUAUUUUCCCCAUUUGUUGACAUUGUUAAACCGAGACCGUUGCAUUGCACACAAUAUGUUCUCUAAAUGGUUGGACACAUUCAGCUUUGAUUUCCUGGUGAUUUAUGGAAGCACUACUCUGAUGUGUGAACUAAUAAACGUGCUUUUUUCUAGAAA